AUGCUCCCUGAAACCGCUCUCGAGGCCAAUAUGACAGCCCAGGGCUCGGUCGUGGUCAGACUCCCUCGCGCCGGCCACGGAGAAGACCCAUCCUUCGUACUGCUCCAGGUGUCGUCGGCCGGCAGCAACCCGUUGGACGUGAACUUGGUUGGAACGGAGAAUAGUACUUUAUUCUCGGCCAAGCUAAGGCACAACCAGAUUGCUACGCUCAAGACCAGUAAAGUCAGCCAGGACGAAUGGGAGAAUGUAUUGUUAUAUAUUCUCCUUGGCAUAGAUGCCGAAGGCAACCCUACCCCCACACCAGAGGACAUUGAGGCAGUAGCGAAAAUUGAUUCGACAUCCAUGACCAUCAGCAUACAAAAGAAUAUUGAGGGUAUCACGCAAAAACUUGGAAUCAUUACUCUCGCAGAAAACGAAAAUGCGGCCGGGGAUCUCUACGAGUGGUGUGGCUCUGCUGUUCUGGCCAAAGACAGUUUAAUGAACUAUCUUCAAAGCUUGAAGGCGAAAUUUGAGGAGAAAGACGCACAAAUCAAAAAAUUGGAAGAGAGUCUGGCAGAGAUGGCCCAAAUGAAGCACGAAAACGAGACACAGCUCCUGCAGAAAUUCUCCCUGCUAUUGAAUGAAAAGAAGCUGAAGAUCCGAGACCAACAGCGACUCUUACAGAGUUCCAAGGUCGAUGCCGCGGCCGUUAAAGAAAUGGAAGAGACACGAUUAGCUGUACGGUCACGACCUGCUGGAGCAUCCCGGAAAGGCAAGCGUAAGGCUGCCAAGCCCGCAGAGGAGGAAGAUGAAGAAGACGAGGACCUUGUGAAAAUGAAAAUCGAUAAUGACGAUGAUGAUGACAAUAAUGAUGACGAAGUUAAUGACGAUGAUAAGACAGGGCCUGAUUCAGAUCAAGAGCUGAAUUCCGACGCAGAAACAGCAGACGAAGCUACUGCAUCGGAGGAUGAAGACGACGAACCUUUCCCACCUACAACGAGAAAGUCUGCCAGGGUAAAGGCCGCUGUGAGCAGCCAAAAGAUAAAGGUAAGUAACACACCCGAGCCUGUCAGUAAGCCGGCCGCUGCAACCGCAAAAACUCCAGUUCUGGAAGGCUCAGAAACAGAAGAUGAAGACGACGAGCUGUGA